CCGAGAGGUCCGUUGCCAUAAUUACUUCUCUUAAUUUCUCUCAUUCUUACCCACAUUUGAUCUGAAUGGCCGAUAACAUCGAAGAAGAUAAAGGAGCUGCGGCGAACAUCUCAACAAUGUCGGUAACGGAAACGCCGAAGGCCCAUGAAACUUCUUCUGAAUCACCGAAGAAGCCCGUGAGUUUCACCUUCUCCAUCUGGCCGCCGACCGAGAAAACCCGUGACGCCGUCAUCAAUCGCCUCACCGAGACAAUAUCGGCGCCGUCCAUUUUAUCCAAGCGUUACGGCGUCAUUCCACAGGAAGAGGCUUCGGAGAUCGCGAAGCGUAUCGAGGAAGAAGCUUUCAACGCCGCUGCAGAGUCAGCCGGAUCUGUAGAUGGGGACGAUGGUUUGGAGGUUCUCCAGGUCUACUCCAAGGAGGUCAGCAAGCGUAUGCUAGACACCGUCAAGUCCAGAUCCGCUACUUCGCCGGUGCCGGAGAGUAAACCGUCGGAGAUUGAUGAGAAGUCCGACGCUCCCCCUGCUAACAGUGAUGAGAUCCCAGUCGCUGAGGCCGAAUCCUGAAAUGCAAAUGAGGUUUUCUAGGGAUUCUAUAUAUCAAUUUGAGAUCUAAUUUGUGUUCUCCUUAGAUUCAAACACCACUGUUUAUGUCUAUCAGAUCUAUUCAAACUUCUCUAUUUCAAUUUUAUGCUUGUCUAUUUUUAUGCUAUAUUUGUCUCUGCGUAUGGCAGACUUGAGAAACUUGUAUUUCUAAUUGUGGGUUUUCACCAGAACCUGUUAAUGUGCAGCAUAUCAUCAUCAUAAUAUAAAUUAAACAUUGAAAUUAGAUGGUUUUAUUUGCAAUUUCAGACUGCACUGACUGGAAAGAAAUUGGAAAUCAAUUCCAAUAGAAAUUCCAAAGCCUUUUGGUUUCUUU